AUGGACCGCGCUAGUGUGCCGGAGUUAGAGAAAAUAUACGCAAAUGAACAUGAAAAUGGGACUUCGAAGAAUAGCGAAAUAGAAAAACCCUGCAGUGAUGAUGUUCCAUAUUAUUCACCAUUUAAAAGACAGGCCUUCAUAGCUUUGGGGUCGUUUAUGCUGUCUUUCAGCGCCGGAGCGACUGCGGGCUUCUCAGCUAUACUGAUACCUCAGCUCCAACAUUCUAAGGGCAAGCACAAAUACUCGACUGAAAUGGUGUCCUGGGUAGCGGCAAUGGCAUCAUUUGCAUUAUUAUUUGGCAACAUGAUAUCUGGAUAUCUCAUGGAAAAAAUGGGCAGAAGGUCAUCUCAAAUUUUACUAUCAGUGUUUUAUAUCGGCGGAUGGACUAUUAUUGGCUUUGCUGGAAACAUACAUCUUAUAUUACUGGGAAGAUUUAUCACAGGAUUUUGCCAAGGGUGGCUCGGUCCAUUAGGACCAGUUUUUGUUGGAGAAAUAAGCUCACCAGCUUACAGAGGAUUGUUUUUGGCAGGUUUAUCUUUAUGUAUAGCCUCGGGUGUAUUUAUGUCACAUUUGUUUGGAACAUUUUUACAUUGGAGUCACGCAUCUCUUCUUUGCGGAGUGUUUCCGUUACUUGGAUGUAUUAUACUUUACUUCGCACCAGAAUCACCUGCUUGGCUCGCAUCAAAGAACGAAGUAGAUAGAUGUAUACAAUCCUUUCAAUGGUACAGAGGUACUAGCGCAGCUAUGAAAACUGAACUUGACAAAAUGAUAGCAGAUCAAACUAAAAAGAAGGAAGUGAAGAGCAAAUUCGUGACCUUGACUGAAAAUAUAAAGAAGCCUGAAUUCUGGAAACCACUAUGUAUAAUGAUAGUGUUUUUCUUAAUUACUCAAUUAUCCGGAAUUAAUGUUAUUUGUGCAUAUACAACGGACAUUAUGGAAGUUCUUAUAGGUAAUAAUUCGAACACAUACGCUGCUAUGUUAGCGACAGACGUGCUACGUGUUAUAGCACUUGUGAUAGCUUGUAUUAUGCUAAGAAAGAAAGGACGGCGACCUCUAGCUAUAUUUAGUGGUGUUUCUACUACUAUUUCACUUAUAUCAUUAGCUAUAUAUUUACAUUUGGUUGAAAUACGUAUGAUUAGACACAUAUCUCCUUUUAUAUCAUUAGGUUUGAUGGCAAUUUACGUAGUCGUUUCAAACAUGGGAAUUUCUUUGUUACCUUGGAAUAUGGUAGGUGAAUUAUUUGCAACGGAAACAAAAGGUUUGGGUUCCGGUAUAAGUGUAAUGAUGACGUCAAUCGCAUUUUUUGGGACAAUAAAAACUGCGCCUGCCAUGUUUCAGGCAAUCGGGCACGAAGGUACUUAUUUAUUUUAUGGAUUGUCAACUUUGUUAGGAACAAUAUUUUUAUAUUUUUGUCUUCCUGAAACAAAAGAUAAAACAUUGCUUCAAAUUGCAGAAGAAUUUCGAUAUGGGCCCAAAGGGAAACCUAAAGAAGCAAACAAGUUUUUAAGUGUG